AUAAUACAAUGGUAUGAUCCCAACUUCAGGUACUGCACAAUCUACUUCAGGAGGACAAGUAGAAUACAGAGCUCUGUCUGGAAUUUGCUACAUGGCCUGGUAUCAUUUCGUUGGCCUUAUCUGGACUAGUGAAUUCAUUCUUGCCUGUCAGCAAAUGGUUAUUGCUGGGGCCGUGGUUACUUGUUAUUUCAACAGAAAUAAAAAUAGCCCACCACCUCACCCAGUCCUGUCUUCCAUAUCAGUUCUCUUUUGCUGCCAUCUAGGAACUGCUGUCAAGGGCUCAUUUCUAAUCACAGUACUGAGAAUACCAAGGAUUGUUCUUUUGUUCCUUUAUAAUAUCCUAAAACAAAAGAAGAACACAAAGUGCCUGUUCAAGUGCUGUUUCUGCUGGUUUUGCUGCCAUGAAAGUUGCUUAAGACCCUUUAACCAGCAUGCAUACACAACUAUGGCCAUAAAUGGGACAAAUUUUUGUACAUCAGCAAAGGAUGCUGACUGUAUUUUGGCAAGGAAUUCUGCUAAACUUGCAUCCAUUAGCUGUUUUGGAGAUUUUCUCCUGUUUCUAGGAAAGGUGUUUGUUGUAUGUUUUACUGUUUUUGGAGGAUUGAUGGCAUUUAACUACCACCGGGAGUUGCAAGCUUGGGUAGUUCCUCUGUUGCUGGUUGGAUUUUUGCCUGCCUGAUGUCCCACAGCUUUCUGUCUGUGUUUGAAGUGACAGCAAAUGCCAUGUUUCUUUGCUUUGCCAUUUAUAUGGAAACAAAUGAUGGAACUGCAGAGAAGCCAUACUUUGUGGAUCAGGAGCUGCUGGUAAACCCCACUUAUAACAGCAAAGAUAUUUGAGCCAUUCUAAGCUUUUAAAUACCUUUUCAUUCCCCAAGACCUAGUGAUUUGAACCCGCAGUCCAUACUAUUUCCUUUCCAACACCUUAGAACAGGAUGGAUUCAGGGUUACAAGUGGUACGUUAAUUUAUAAACUGAAGUAAAUGGGUUCCUUGACUCCUGUGUGCUUAGCUAUGAUCUGCUGCCUUCUUUUAGAUCAUACUCUGCAAGUAGUGGGUGAUUAUUUGGGCCUUAUUAGAUAUAUCUUCAAUAUAUUGUUGGUAAUUAAAAAAUAUAAAGAAAUAGAUGCACUAGCUGCAGAAACUGAUCCAUGGGGUACCCUUAGAUUAAUGUUUAUAUUUAUUGUGACUCACUGUAUGAUGAAAAAAGUAAACAACAAGGUGCUUCUUGUUGUGAGCAGCAGGUCAGGGAUCCAUUUCACAUCCUAUGGAUGCUGUAAGUCUGAAGAAACUUCAUGCAAACCUGAGUUGCUCUGCUUCAUACCUUUAUAGAUUCUUUUGCCAAAACACUGUCUUCUGUCUCUUGAUAAAAUUCUACUAUCUCUGGA